UCACCAUAAGCACCAACACAAUCCUCUGUGAUCUCUUUAACAAACAACAUCAUCAUGGAUAGCUUUGAGGAUGAGGUUGUUGCCCCAACAACCACAACAUCAGAAUCACCACUAAAAGAUUGGCGUGUUAAAUAUUUAGCCGGUACAUUGGAUAAAAAAGAUUUCAUUGAAUUCUUUCAGCGAGAAUCGCGUAAAUAUUUUGAAUUUCAACAGGAAAAUACUGCGGUAAAAUGUAUGUUCAAAGAGGCUGGUGCCAAGGAGGGCAUUAUCGAUGUCCUUAUGGAAUUUAUUUUGGGCGAUAAUCCCAAUACGGUGUUGGAAAAACUACGUCUGGAAGGUGCCACAUCGGCGGUAUGCGGCAAAGUUUUUAAAAUUGGUGAACCUACAUACAGUUGUCGUGAGUGCGGCAUGGAUCCGACCUGCGUUCUGUGUGUUAAUUGUUUUAAACAAUCCGCACAUCGUUAUCACAAAUAUAAAAUGUCGACGUCGGGCGGUGGCGGCUGUUGUGAUUGUGGCGACGAAGAAGCCUGGAAAAAGGAUCAUUACUGUGAGGAACACUUG